UAAAUCUCUUCCCAUUCCAGGAACUGGCAGAAGAGCUGGCCAAGGCUGGGGAGCCCGGGAAGCUCUUUGCUGUAAAAGCAGACAUGCGGAAGGAAGAAGACAUCCUGGAAGCGUACUCUUGGGUUGAGAAGCAGCUGGGUGGCGUGGACGUCUUGGUGAACAACGCUGGGGUUUUCCACACUACUUACCUCUCAGAAGCGACAACGGAGGAGUGGCGGGAAAUUUUGGAGGUUAACGUAUUGGCAGUCUGUAUCUGCACGCGGGAGUACCUCAAAUCUAUGGAGAGAAGAAACAACCAGCACGGCCAUAUUGUCACCAUCAGUAGUGUGGUAGCGCAUAUAGCAGAAUACCCUAAGACAAACGUGUAUACCGGCUCCAAACAUGCAAUCAGGGCCAUCAGCUCUUGUCUACGAAGAGAAUUGGCUGAAAAGAAGAGUAAUAUUAAAGUGACGGGCCUGCAGGAGAUGGCCCAGCAGGGAUCGCAUCUCCCGUCAGGUACAUCACUCCCUCGUAACCCUAGCACUCUAACGCUACCUCCUGCAUAUGAUCUGCUGAUGGGAGCCAGUGGGGGCAAUGUCGGACCAUCAGAACCACCACCACCCUCAUACGAGGAAGCCAUGUUCCUUAUCGGUGAUGAGAAGUCGAGAGCUCUCCUUGAGAACAGGCACAACACAAGUAUCGACAACAGGAGUAAGGAGACUGUUUAAACAUCACUCUUUAAUGUGUAUUUAAAUUUUAACAGAGUUUUAGCUAGAAUUCUAAAAUAGGCCUAUUUAUAUGUAGUAUUACAUUAAGACUGAUCAUUGAUUAUUGACACAGGAGUAUUUUAAUUUUAUUAUAACAUUUUUAAUGUAACUUUUACUGCAAUUUUAUUAUAAUGGAUUUUUCAAAGUGAGGACUGGAAAGUUAAAAUUUAAAUGAUAUAGUUUAAACGACACCAGAGUUGUAAAUAAAAUAUUUUUAAUUACUAUUGAAAUAUAAGUUUCAAGCAAAUAUAUAAUACACAAUAGCUGCAAAAUAAACAUUCUUUAAAAAAGUUGACACAUUUCUAUUGUUGGAUCAAGUUUCUUUUAAUAUUUUAAAGUUAUCAUUUUCACUAGUUUUACUUAUUAUAUUCUGUUAUAAUAUUUUAAUAAAUACCAAAAAGCCAUCUGUAAAGGACUUUUAUAAGACCAAAAUAAUAAUAUUGAUCCUUUGUCACAAAUAAAGACUGAUGGGAUAUUAAAACGUUUUCUCAUAGUGGCCAGUUAUUAUUUGAACAUCUGAUGAUCAUAGUUUAGUUGAUGAUAUUGUGCCAUUGGCACCAUGGAAAACAAAAUGAAAGCAUGAUUUAACAUCAAACAGUCUAUGAAACUCUUGGUCAAAACAAAGACUAGCUGUAGUUGUAUUAUUUUAUUCACCAAGAGUGGAAAACAUAUUUUGGCUUAAACAUGGCCAGUCCAUUGGUAAAAUGGUAUGUUUUCAACAAAUUCAAAGAGCAUUUUGCACUUAACUUUCUUGCAAACAUUACAUUUAAAAUUGUAGUAAAUGUGGUUUGACUAUUUCUUAUGAACACUUCUAGUCUUCACUUUGAUGUGGACUGUGAGGACAUAUAAGUUUACCAUAAUGCAUAAUUCAAUCGAUUUUCCUAAAUAUAUUUUGUAGUUAAGGAAAUGUUAUUCAAAUCUUGCAUUUUAAAUUAAAUUCACUUAAAUGUAUUGGUCAGAUGCUCUCUAAUAUUACAGUACAAUAUGUUCCUAAAAUUCUCAUCCAAAAGUUAUUAAAAAAAUAAUUGUUAUUGAUAAAAAUGUCAUUAACAAAUGUAGUUUUUAUCAAUAAAAUGGAAGAACUGUGUUGUGAAUAGUCUCUGUCUGGGGCGAUAGAUAAGACAAAUACUAUGGGAAGGAGUUGGUAUGUUCACUCCUGGAAAAUAACUGAAACAUAUUAAAAUACUUAUAUGUUAUAUUACAUGUAUAUGUAAGCUAUUUAUAGACUAAUUUGCAGCUGAAUUGUUAAAAACACUAUUUCUUUCUUUUGAGAAUGUACAGUAUUAAUAAUGAUUUUAACAAAAAACUUAAUUAUUAUAAUAGUAGGCUAACAAAACAGAGGCACUUGGUGAGUUAAUGUGAAUAACUGUUUUUCAAGGUAAAUAAAAAUGAAUCUAUGUUCCUGUUUUUUCAAGUUUCAAAAUUUAUUUUUGCUCACAAGGUGAAUUGAUUCUCUUGACCUCUCUCUAUAUUCAUGCCACUGGUAUAAUUAGUGUGGUUAUUACAAUUAAUAGUAUUUAUUGAUAAUUUAUCACCAAUUAAUUAAUUAUUUGUGAUUUGUAUGUAAUUAAUUAGUCAAAGUGCAAUACAAAAACUAAUAUAUUAUACUGUUGAUUUUAACCCUUUAAGGAGUGCGUUUAAAUGCUACAUAAUGAGUAAGGAAAGGAUGUCAUAUGACGUAUAUUCUUAUAGUGGCCCAAAGGAGUACGGACGUCAUAUGACGUUUAGCCUCUGUAUUUUUGUAUUAUCGAAAAUGUAUUGCUAUUAAUGAUUGCCUUUAGGUAGAUUAGUCUGUAUAAAGUGGUUCCAUCUAUCGGCAUCAUACUUAACUUCCAUGUUUGUUCUUGCAUUCACUUGUAAUCUGAUAUUACCACCAGAUCGCAGUAGACACCCGGUAAAAGCCACCGACUCAAGGACGCUACCUUAUACUAGCCAUUCCUUGUAUACUGCAUACUGUAUCUUAUUUAUCUGAUUGAGUCUGCCGUAGUGAGGAAAUAAGACAUUUGAUUUUGAAAAAGUACUGAAAUAUUGGCUUGUAGAAAACGUAGUCCUUUUUUAAUAAGCUUUAAAAUGUAAAUAAACAUUUUUUAAGAGAU